AGUUGGUAUUUUAGCCUGAAGAGGGCGCCCGAGCGCACUUCCGGUAAGACGAAGAAGAAAAUAAACCCCAGGAUUCUCUCAAUAAAAGGAACAGGAACGCUUACAGUUUAGCGCAAAUAAUACGUCAAGAUGGGGAAGCGCCAGCAUCAAAAAGACAAAAUGUACAUUACAUCUACGGAGUACACAAACUUUUACGGCGGCAAACGAGCAGAAAUCCCUCAGGCGAACUUCAGAAGACUUCCGUUUGAUCACUGCAGCUUGUCCCUUCAGCCGUUUGCAUAUCCCGUCUGCACGGCCGACGGCAUCGUCUUUGACCUGCUGAGCAUUGUUCCAUGGAUCAAGAAAUACGGAACUAAUCCCAUAUCUGGAGAGAAACUGGAGGCAAAGUCGCUCGUCAAGCUCAAUUUCGCCAAGAACAACGAAGGGAAAUAUCACUGUCCUGUUUUAUACUCCGUCUUCACCAACAAUUCCCACAUCGUUGCCAACAAGGUCACCGGCAACGUCUUCUCUUAUGAGGCGGUGGAGCAGCUCAACAUCAAGCCCAAAAGUUUCAAAGAUCUGCUGAGCGACGAUGCUUUUACCCGGAAAGACAUCAUCACGCUUCAGGAUCCCACAAACCUGGACAAGUUCAACGUGGCCAACUUCUUCCACGUGAAAAACGAGCUCAAAGUUCCCGAUCCAGACGAGGAGAAGGCCAAGCAGGACCCCUCCUACCACCUCAAGACCACCAACCUGGAGACCAGGGAGACCUUGGCCGAGCUCUACAAGGACUACAAAGGGGACCGGCUCCUGGCCUCCACCAUGAAGGAGCCAGAGGCCAAGAAGACGGACAAGUUCAACACGGCCCACUACUCCACAGGCAGGGUGGCGGCCUCCUUCACGUCCACGGCCAUGACACCCGCCACCACACACCAAGCAGACGCCAUCGCAGACGACACGGUGCGUUACAGCUACGUGAGGAAAAAAGGCUACGUCCGCCUCCACACCAACAAAGGAGACCUGAACCUGGAGCUGCACUGUGACAAGGUUCCCAAAGCUGGGGAGAACUUCAUCGGCCUGUGUAAGAAGGGCUACUACGACGCCACCGUCUUCCACAGGUCCAUCCGCAAUUUCAUGAUUCAAGGAGGGGACCCCACUGGCACCGGCACAGGGGGAGAAUCUUUAUGGGGGAAAGCCUUCAAAGACGAGUUCCGUCCCAACAUGUCCCAUACAGGCCGAGGGGUCCUCAGCAUGGCCAACUCGGGUCCAAACACCAACAAGUCUCAGUUCUUCAUCACAUUCCGCUCGUGCACCUACCUGGACAGGAAGCACACCGUGUUUGGAAGAGUGGUCGGCGGAUUCGAAACGCUGACGGCCAUGGAGAACGUGGAGAGCGACACGAAAACGGACAAGCCCAAGUCGGAGAUCAAGAUCAUCAGCGCCAGCGUCUUCGUGGACCCGUACGAAGAGGCCGACGCCGAGAUCGCAGCCGAGCGAGAGAAGGAGCAUCAGAAGGAGGAGGAGGAGAAGCGGCAGCUGCAGGCCAGCGCCUCCGUGAGGAGGCCCCGGGAGGAGCAGGUCCCGAAGACCUUCAAGCAAGGCGUGGGCAAAUACAUCAACCCCAGCGUGGCGAAACGGCCGGCCGCAGGAGAAGCGGAAGACAACGGACCUUCCACCAGCGCCUCCGCUGCCAAGAAGCCCAAAGGCAAGACCACCUUGGGAGACUUCAGCUCAUGGUAGAUUCAAACCUUUUAAUCGUCUCGGGUCAUCGCUAUUUUCGUGCUGACGCAAUAAAUACAAGUGUCUUUUUAGCUCCGCCCCUCCGCUUCU